AUUCACAGGGAGAUCCUGACGCUGUGUCCAAGGGUCCCUUCCCUGGAGCCACCUACAUCUGGGGACCCCAGCAUUAUGAGGUGGAGGUGGAGGUAGAGCCCAGUCUCAGAGGCCCUGAGAUCGUCACCAUGGGGGAGAAUGACCCACCAGCAGCUGAGGCACCCUUCUCCUUCCGGUCACUGUUUGGUCUUGAUGACUUAAAAAUAAGUCCUGUGGCACCAGAUGCAGACGCGAUGGCCGCACAGAUCCUGUCCCUGCUGCCCUUGAAGUUCUUCCCGAUCAUCGUGGUGGGCAUCAUCGCCCUGAUCCUGGCACUGGCCAUUGGCCUGGGCGUCCACUUUGACUGCUCCGGGAAGUAUAGGUGUCGUUCAUCUUUUAAGUGUAUUGAACUGGCAGCACGCUGUGAUGGGGUGUCCGACUGCAAAGACGGGGAGGAUGAGUACCGAUGUGUGCGGGUGAGCGGCCGUAGCGCUGUGCUGCAGGUGUUCACAGCUGCCGCCUGGAGGACCAUGUGUGUGGACGACUGGAAAGACAGCUACGCUGGUGUAGCCUGUGCCCAGCUGGGCUUCACCAGCUACGUCAGCUCAGGUGACCUCAGAGUGGACUUGCUUGAGCCACAGUUCCAGGGAGCCUUUGUGUCCAUCAACCACCUCCUGCCGGAUGACAAGGUGACCGUGUUACACCACUCUGUGUACGUGAGGGAUGGAUGUGCCUCAGGCCAUGUGGUCACCCUGAAGUGUGUGGUCUGUGGGCUGAGGACCGGCUACCGUGCACGCAUCGUUGGUGGGAAUGAGUCCUCGUUGGCACAGUGGCCCUGGCAGGUCAGCCUCCAGUUCCAAGGUUACCACCUGUGUGGGGGCUCGGUCAUCACACCCGUGUGGAUCGUCACUGCUGCACACUGCGUUUACGACCUGUACCUCCCCAAGUCCUGGACCAUCCAAGUGGGCCUGGUUUCACUGCUGGACAGCCCAGCGCCCUCCUACUUGGUGGAGAAAAUCAUCUACCACAGCAAAUACAAGCCAAAGAGGUUGGGAAACGACAUUGCCCUCAUGAAGCUGGCCGGGCCACUCACCUUCGACGAGAUGAUUCAGCCAGUCUGCCUGCCCAACUCCGAAGAGAACUUUCCUGAUGGCACAGUGUGCUGGACGUCAGGAUGGGGGGCCACGGAGGAUGGAGGUGAUGCAUCCCCUGUGUUGAACCACGCAGCGGUCCCGCUCAUCUCCAACAAGAUCUGCAACCACAGGGAGGUGUACGGUGGCAUCAUCUCCCCGUCCAUGCUGUGUGCCGGCUACCUGAAGGGUGGGGUGGACAGCUGCCAGGGAGACAGUGGUGGGCCCCUGGUGUGCCAGGAGAGCCGGCUGUGGAAGCUGGUGGGUGCUACGAGCUUCGGCAUCGGCUGCGCAGAUGUGAACAAGCCCGGGGUUUACACCCGCAUCACUUCCUUCCUGGACUGGAUCCACGAGCAGAUGGAGAGAGACCUGAAGACCUGAAGAGGCUGGGACACAUUGCUGCUGGGCUCCCAUGCAGAUGCCCAAUCCUUCCCCAG